AUGGAAACCGUCCUGUCUCCUCCUGCACCUGCAGGACUAUUCACGGAGUGUGAUGAGGCAACACCAUCUCUCUCGCCCCCGAAGCAACCACCACACAAGAGGAACCGCACGCAACUCAGCUGUACGAACUGUCGCCAAGCCAAGUUGAAAUGCGAUCGACAGAAGCCGAACUGCUCGCAAUGUGUGAAGAAGGGACGAGCUUCCCUAUGUACUUUCCCAUCUCCUGCUGCUCGGAAGAAGCCAGCAGUGAGCAUGCAAAACCGACUGAGACAUCUCGAGACCCUCGUCAAGGAUGUAAUGACGGGGCAGAGCCCGUCCGCUCCACCUAUCGACCAGAAUGCCCCCAACGGCUGUAGAAAAUCGUUCUCGAACAGCCCCUCCAUCCCCGGUGCGGACUUCGUACACUAUCACCAGAAUGACGCCGCAGCAACCUCUGCGGCAUCCUCGGGCCAGGUCCUUCUCGGAUCAAGCGAGUCGACGUACGUUGGAGCGACUCAUUGGGCUGCUAUCCUGGAAGACAUCGACGAAAUGAAAAGUUACCUCGACGAGGAAAACGAGCAAGACGAAGAGGAAGACGUCAAAUCGUACACCUCACUCAUCUUCAAUGCUCAAUCACCGACGACAAAGAACGAGCUUCUUGCAGCUUUGCCACGGCGCACGGCUGUGGAUCUUCUUGUGUCUCGAUACUUUAAUUCUAAUAGUCCCGCAUUGCCCAUCCUUCACCGACCAACAUUUCAGAGAAAUUAUCGAAAUUUCUGGGCCGACCCUGAAAGCACUCCUGUCGUUUACCUUGGCCUGCUGUACUCCAUCAUGAUAGUUGCAACUCUUGCUGCACUAGGAGCUAGUGAAGUCAGCCAGGUCAACCGCGCAAGCGCCAUGGAAACGGCCAGGACAUAUCGCGAGUGUUGCAUUCAAUGCUUGGUUCUUUCCAACUAUACCAAGCCUGGCCCCUACACCCUCGAAACCAUGUUUAUAUAUAUGGAGUCCGAGUUUCUGGUCAACAAAGACGAUCAAGUUCAAUCAUUUCUCCUUGUGGGCAAUGCCACUCGCCUUGCAUUACGGAUGGGUCUCCAUCGAGACUCAGCCAAGGUGGGAGGGAACAUAACACCAUUCCAAGCAGAAAUCCGACGGCGACUGUGGCAUCAUCUGCUUCAACUUGACUUGCUCACCAGUUUUCACAUUGGCCUUCCAGGAACAAUUCAAGCUAUCGACAGUGAUACUCUUCUGCCGGGAAACUUCCAGGAUGAGGAUUUCGAUGAAGACUCCGCCGUCUUGCCCAAUUCCAGACCAGAUUCCGAAAUAACCCCAAUGUCUUACUCGAUCUGCAAGAGCAGGUUAUGCAUUGUGGUAGGAAGAAUUGUUGCUUUAGCGAAUCGUCUCUCGCUUCCAGAGUACCAGGAAGUCAUGACUUUGGAUCGAGACCUGCAAAUUGCAUAUCAGAAAAUACCCCCGGCUUUCCUUCUCGAUCCCAGAGGCCCUUCAGUAAUAGACUCUCCUGCUACCACUAUCAGACGAUUCAGUGUUGCUAUACUGUUUCAGAAGAGUAGAUGCAUGCUGCAUCGCAAACAUCUGAUGAGAGCAGAGAACAAUCCGGAGUUCGCCUUCUCACAGCGGGUCAGCUUAGAGGCUGCGAUGGAACUUCUCCGCUGUCAAUCGAUGGUGCAUGAGGCUGCUCUCCCAGGGGGUCAACUAUCUCGUGAUCGAUGGUUUCUAUCUUCUCUAUCAAUGCACGACUUUCUUCUGGCUGCGAUGAUAGUCUAUCUGAGCCUCUCCCGUGGAACUAGAAGCUCCGGCGACCGACAAGAAAGGGUCAAUGCUCUUGUGAAGUCUCGCGCAAUUUGGAACCAGGAAUGGACCGUCUCGGCGGAGUCGAAGAAAGCGGCAAUGGUACUUGGGAUAAUGCUGAAGAAAGUGCAAUCGGGAACUGGGGUCGGUCUAUCGUCGACCGGUGCGCCAACAUCCACCUCUGGUGCUGCUCAAGGGAGAAGGAUCGAUGGGGUCUCGAGUUUGUCGUUGAAUGAUCAAACAACCGCCCAUAGGCAAAUUUUUGACGCUAUUCAGCCAAGUGCAAACUUAGUAGCAAGCUCGAGUGAGGACACGACACCUUCUUCAGGACUUGGAGUAGCUGCGAAAUUUGACUUCACAUCAGCGGAAAUGGAUCCCCUUGGCGCCAUGUUCGAUGUGCCCACUGACUUCGAUUGGGAAAUGUUUGACACUCAACUUCGACCACAAGAUGACGCUGGUCAGGCUUGGCCGGACAUCGUGGGAGACUUCACAACCGAAAACGACGACUACAACAAUUUCUAA